CUGGCGCGGAUCCGCCGGCCCUGGUCGCCAGCGUGACGGAGCCGUCCUCGUACCCGGGGGGCGACAGGGACCCCGCGGUCCUCUCGCUGCCAGAGAGAAAUUCCAUCAUUUGUGCAAUCUUCUUAAAGGAAAGUAACACCAGAGGGAGGGUCAUCCUUAAUCUUUGAAGAUCAAGAGAACUAAAAUUCAAAAUGCUCUUCAGGGAAGAAAGGAGCUUGAUUUACACUUUGAUGAUAAUUUUUUUCCUGACCCUAAGGCUGUCCAGCAGUCAGAAUUGCCUCACCAAGAGUCUAGAAGAUGUUAUCAUUGACAUCCAGUCAUCUCUUUCUAAGGGAAUCAGAGGCAAUGAGCCCAUACAUACAUUAACUCAAGAGCACUGCAUUCAUUCUUGCUGUUCGACAAGAAAUAUAUCAGGGGAUAAAGCAUGUAACCUGAUGAUCUUCGACACGCGCAAAACAACAAGACAACCCAACUGCUACCUAUUUUUCUGUCCCAGUGAGGAAGCCUGUCCACUGAAACCAGCAAAGGGCCUUAUGAGUUACAGGAUAAUUAGAGAUUUUCCGUCUUUGACCAGAACUGAUUUGCCAAGCCAAGGGUCAGCCCAAGAAGAUGCCCUCUUACAUGGCCAGUCUUCCCAGGCAGUCACUUUCUCAGCCCCUCUUCCAGCGGGUUAUUCCAAGCCCACUGAUGUCUCAUGGAGAGGUACAUUUUCUCAGAAGUCUGGAUCCUCAGAUCAUUUGGAGAAACUAUUCAAGAUUGACCAUGCAAGUACCCAGUUCCCUGUUUAUAAAGAAAAAGGCCACUCUCAGAGUUCACAGUUUUCCUCCGAACAAGAAGCAGCUCAUCUGCUGCCUGAAAAUGUCACAUUCCCAACUGCAGUGGCUGUUGCUUCUUUACGUACUGUCUCUGCUGCUCCAAAGCCUGCAGGUCUUCUACCUGCCAGUGCUUCAGUGAGACCUUCUGGGACUUCUCCACCACAUCCGGCCACUGCAGCUCCACCUGUAACCACCAGCCCUUCUCAGCCUCCCACAGCCCUCGUUUCUACAAUUUUUGCACGUGCUAUGAUUACAUCCCAAGAGGUGACUACAACAACAGUUCCAACUACCAUCUUUCAGCCACCUACAGACUUGAAAGGCACCCCAGCAAUGGAGCCCUUUAGAGAAGUCUCUAACCUGACUUUGAACACGGAUGUGCAUAACCGUGCUACACUUUCUUUGUCAAAUGUGGCGUCUUCCACUAUGAAUAAAACUGCUUCCUGGGAAAAUGGGAAGGGUAGUGCAGGCAGCGCCUCCCUGAAUAGCGUUCCAGAAACCCAGCAUGGACUUCCAUUUGAAAAGUGGCUUCUCACUGGGACCCUGCUCUUUGGUGUCCUGUUCUUGGUGGUGGGCCUUGUCCUCUUGGGUAGGAUGCUCUCAGAAUCUCUGCACAGGAAACGUUAUUCGAGGCUUGAUUAUUUGAUCAAUGGGAUCUAUGUCGACAUCUAAGGAAGCAACUAGAUGUCUCUUAAUUCAUUUAGUAAUUAGAAGCCCAAAUGCAGUGAGUUUCUGCUGACUUGCU